GGAGGAGGGUAAAAUGAUCCCAGAUCAGUGUCUGUUUUGGUGUCAAGCCUGCUCUCGCGCUGCUCGCCCAGUGAGCUGCAGCCUCGCGAUAGCCUCGCCUCACCGACGCUAGAAUCAGAGCUUCGCGUGCGAACUGGAUGCUGCCGAGAGGCGCGCGCGCUGCGGUCAUCAUGCAAAGGUUACGUUGGAUCCGAGUCAAGAAGCAGUUCCCCCGCAGGACCGUCUCGGGCGACAACAUGCGAGCCGUCUAGCGGCGACGAAGACGGGACUGACAUCCCCCCCUACUCCCUCCUCCUCACCCUCGCUUUCUGCCGGUGUGUGUUCGGGCUGCGGCAGGUGCCAGAACGAUGGACGCGAUAAGUUUGGGAUUUCCGCAAGCGGCAGUGCGUACGCUGGCUCCUCUCGGCGGUAAAGCGGCUUCAUGAGUGUCCAAAGUAACAGUGGAAGUGGUGGUGGAAGUUUGGAGGCGACGCCAUCUUGGUCGCAGCUCUCCUCGUCCCCUACGAUUUCUCAAAAACACGUAACGGCGACCGCAAAGAGCAAGGAAGGAGCAAUGGAGGAGCUGCACAGCUUGGACCCCAGGAGACAGGAGCUGCUGGAGGCCAGGUUUACGGGAGCUGUCAGCGGCAACACGGCAGGCAGCACCGGGAGCGCCAGUGGAGGCGCUAAGGGUCUGGCUAAUGAGUCCUCCAACCACAGCUAUGGAAGCCUGGGAUCAUCCAGCGACAAGGAGUCCGAGACCCCAGAGAAGAAGCACUCUGAGUCGUCCAGGGGCCGGAAAAGGAAAGCCGAUACCUAUUCUGAGAGCAGUCAAGGUAUGCUGCAUAUAAACGGUGGGACUCAUGCUAACAUAGCCGCCCCACAGCUUCCCUUUAAACGCAGUCCUGUCGUUUGGUUGCCAGGGAAGACCUCGACACGCGGGCCAAAGAUCAGUGACUUUUUUGACUUUCAGGGUGGAAAUGGCUCCAGUCCCGUUAGAGGCCUCCCAUCCGCCCGCCGCUCACCCCAGAGCUCGCAGUCUGCACCCGGCUUAAUAAUCCGUCAGAACAGCUCCUCGCCCACCAGUCUGUGUUUUGGGGAGCACAGCCUCAAAGCUUCGCUAAGCAAAUGUGUCCAGACGGAGCUGACGGGCCUGAAGCUCGCUGCCCUGGAGAGCAACAAGAGUCUGGACCUGGAGAAAAAAGAAGGGCGAAUAGACGACCUGCUGAGAGCCAACUGUGACCUGCGCAGACAGAUCGAUGAGCAGCAGAAGCUCCUGGAGAAAUACAAGGAGAGACUCAACAAGUGCAUCACCAUGAGCAAGAAGCUGCUAAUAGAGAAGAGCACCCAGGAGAAGCAGUCGAGCCGCGAGAAGAGCAUGCGCGACCGCCUCCGGCUCGGACACUUCACCACCGUCCGACACGGCGCGUCCUACACGGAGCAGUGGACCGAUGGAUACGCAUUCCAGAACCUCAUCAAGCAACAGGAGAGCAUCAACCAGCAGAGGGAGGAUAUCGAGCGGCAGAGAAAGCUGCUGGCCAAGAGGAAACCGCCGAACCCAGCGUCUCCCUCUCUGUCGCUGGCCUCCACGUCUGAGCCCAAACAGCGCAAAACUAAAGUGGUGAACGGCAACGAUUCCGACCCCUUCCUGAAGCCCUCUCUGCCCCAGCUGCUGACCCUCGCUGAGUACCACGAGCAGGAAGAGAUCUUCAAGCUUCGGCUCGGACACCUAAAAAAGGAGGAAGCUGAGAUCCAGGCGGAGCUGGAACGGUUGGAGCGGGUGAGGAACCUUCACAUCAGGGAGCUGAAGAGGAUAAACAACGAGGACAGCUCGGCUUUCAAAGACCAUCCCACCCUGAACGAGCGCUACCUGCUGCUGCACCUGUUGGGCCGGGGCGGCUUCAGCGAAGUCUACAAGGCAUUUGACCUGUUUGAGCAGCGCUACGCCGCCGUCAAAAUCCACCAGCUCAACAAGAACUGGAGGGAGGAGAAGAAGGAAAAUUACCACAAGCACGCAUGCAGAGAGUACCGGAUACACAAGCAGCUGGACCAUCCCAGGAUAGUCAAGCUCUACGACUACUUCUCCCUGGAUACCGACACGUUCUGCACUGUUCUGGAGUUCUGCGAAGGGAACGACCUGGACUUCUACCUGAAGCAGAACAAGCUGAUGUCGGAGAAAGAGGCCCGCUCCAUCGUCAUGCAGAUCGUCAGCGCGCUGCGCUACCUCAACGAGAUCAAGCCGCCCAUCAUCCACUAUGACCUCAAACCAGGAAACAUCUUACUGGUGGACGGUACCGCGUGCGGGGAAAUCAAAAUCACAGACUUUGGUUUGUCCAAGAUAAUGGACGACGACAACUAUGGCGUUGAUGGGAUGGACCUGACGUCGCAGGGUGCCGGGACCUACUGGUACCUCCCUCCAGAGUGUUUUGUCGUGGGCAAAGAACCGCCCAAGAUCUCCAACAAGGUGGACGUCUGGUCCGUGGGAGUGAUCUUCUUCCAAUGCCUCUACGGACGCAAGCCGUUUGGUCACAAUCAGUCGCAGCAGGACAUCCUCCAGGAGAACACCAUCCUCAAAGCCACAGAGGUCCAGUUUCCAGCUAAACCCCAGGCCAGCACAGAGGCCAAGGCGUUUAUCCGGCGCUGCCUGGCCUACCGCAAGGAGGACCGCUUCGACGUUCACCAGCUGUGCUCCGACUCCUACCUUCUUCCUCACAUGAGACGUUCGAACUCCUCCGGCUCGCUGCAGUCCUCCGCCUCAACCGUCGCCUCCUACUGACUCCACGCAGCGACGGGGCCCUCAGGUCCAUCCUAAAACAGCGUCGUCGCAGUCGGAGGAUUAGAAAUGUGGACUUUUUUUUUUUUUCCCCCCUGCCAGAGACGUUCCAAGAACGGAGAAUUUAGCAGCCAGACGGUGGGAGGAGGAGCUGGGUGCUGCGUUUGACAGAACGGCGCCCUUGAACUCUGAGAGAUGGGGCCGAGUAGAAAAGACUGAAACGGAGGAGAUGAGCAGCGCCGCCUUGUCCUGGGUCCGGAACAGAGAGCGAACCAAGUGUUUCUGCUUUAACCCUUAGAAAAUCUGAAACCAGUAUAUGACCUCCUCUAGUUGCACUCUCCCAACCCGCUCUCUUCAUCUCUACGUACACAUAUAAUAAUAAUAAUAAUAAUAAUCUAGCUAACCAGAUGACUAUAACACCUAGCAUUUGUGAGCAGCAGUGGGUGUGGAAACAACUCAUUUCAGAAGGAUGGCUGCAUCUGACGGCGUUUUCCUCUGCACGCAACAGGGACUCCGUCUGAAGCUGACGUUGGACCCUCGGUGGGACUGACUUUGCACUUCCGGUCCAGGUCUCCGCGGUCCAAUCAGAAGCGUUUUCGGCUCUGCAGAAGGUGGAACCGCGCAUCCCGUCUUAAAGCUUUUAUUUUACCGUUGUUCAGGCGAAAAUGCGAAUGUCUUAGAGCGACGCGGCGGGAGACGUGGCCGAGGACUCGCUGCAGAUCAACGGAGGCUGCCGUCGGGGAUUGGUUGUACAUUUCCUGUGCAGGAGACAUUACUCACUAUAGCAGAUAUAUUAUAACAAGGCGUUUCCUUGCUUUCUAAGUGUCUCCGUCCGGGUUUUUUUUUUUGUUGUUUUGUUUUCCCCCCUCUGAAGCUGUUCUCAGUUUGCUGCUAUGAAUGUUGCUUUUAGUUUAUUUUAACACGUGAAUGAGUUUCACCUUCGCAAUCGAUGCAUACUUGAACUUUACGAGGAAAUUUCCAGAGCCUGUGUUGUUUGGAAGGAAUGCCUGAUUUAUUAUUUUUUUCUUCUUGUUCAGCCAACAUCCAUCGUCUCCUCAGACCUCUGUUUGUUUCAUGACUUAGAAGACCUUGUGUGCUGUGUCGUGAGGAGUAUCCCCACCUGUCCAUGCCGCAGGAGGCGAGGAAAGUUACUGCGUUAUUAACUUCAGCUGGAGAACAAAUAUCCAAACUGUUUGUCAUGGUGUAAAUAAAAGCUCUGACCUGUA